ACAUGUUCCGAGUGUUCGUUAUUGCUGCCCUGGCCGCCGUUGCCGUCGCCCAGAACCCAGAUGCCGAUGCACAGAUCCUGAGCUCCGACAGUUCCGUCAACCCGGACGGCUCGUACGCCUGGAACUACGAGACGAGCAAUGGUAUCCGGGCCCAGGAGGAAGGAGUCGGUGGCCAAUCGGCCCAGGGCUCCGCUUCGUGGACUGACCGUGACGGUACGCCGAUUCAGCUGACGUACGUUGCCGACGAGAACGGAUUCCAGCCGCAGGGUGCUCAUUUGCCCCGCGAAGGCCCCGUCCCGGCCCAUGUCCUGAAGACGCUCGAGUUCAUCCGUGCCAACCCGCCCAAGGAUGACCCGAACUUCAACAUCCAGGCGCUGGAAGCUGAAAUCGCCAGACUGCAGGCUCUCCAGUAAAGCGACA